AGGAAAAAUAUCUUUCCCGUGUCAGCGAACUGACUUUGGAGGACGUAUUCUUUAAUUCUCGGCAUAAGGUAAAACAAUAAUCGAAUCGAAGCGAAGCAAUAAUUGAGAAGUCUUCGCUUCCUGACGCAUGGAGGAAAGCCUGGUCCUUGAGGUGGGAAGACGGGAACUUGGGAGGUAAGUUCACAGGGAGCGCCAAUUUUUCUCCGGCAGAAAAAAAAAGAACUAACGUGACAAAAAUGUGCGGUGGAUUCUUCCUUCACUGACAGUGAGUGGAAAAUGACUCGAUACUUGCACACUGUUGAGACCUUUUGAUGUUCUGUUCCAAGUUGAGAUAAGGAACAGAGGAGGAGGUGAGAUCUACUUGUCCAGAGCUUUGAGCAUUUGGAAUUUUCAGUUUUAGUUCGGCUAUUUGUUUCCUGAGAUGUGCUACACUCGGACGGCAGAUUGGGGAGUACUGUUUUCGUCUUUUACGAUCCGUGUUCUUCAAGGUUUGUCCUUCAGCUGUGCCAUCUCGGGGAAAGGUGGGAUCUUGGCGGCUUUGUUCAGGAAAACUGGGGAUUGCUUGUUGGAAUUCCGAACGCUAUAGAUGUCCGGGGUCUUGGACUUGAGUUCGGACGCAGAUCAUCCUUGGCCUGGCGAGGGAAUUUUGGUAAAGAGAUAGAUACAUCAAGAGUUUUUUUUCCCGCAGUCGAUCUGGAAGAUCUGGUUCUUGAGGUUUUGCUGAUUCCGUAACAUUCUGAAAGCAAGAAAUUUUGGAGUUGCUUUCCACGAGAACGAAAGAAAAGAGAGAAACAGUUGAGAGGUCGAGGAAUGACGUUGAUUUUAUUGCUGCAAGAUGGUUAAUGGGUCAUUAGAGCUUGAUUUGGUUACAGAGAAGAUAGGAAGAAAGCGCAACUUGUGGUGAAAGAUGUCAUCCUCCCCUCCGCCUUCUCCGUCAGCGACUCCUCCGUCUUCCUCAGCUUCUCCUCCUCCUCCUGUUUCUAGCGCACCACCUCCUUCCACUUUUUCUCCACCACCACCCAUCGCCAGUUCGCCCCCUCCUGUCACUAGCCCCUCGCCGCCGGUGCCAUCGUCGUCUCCCCCACCUUCUGCGUCUCCCCCACCACCAGUAUUGUCUCCUCCGCCGACUUCCAUUGCUGCCCCUCCACCUCCUUCGUUACCAUCUCCUCCACCAUCUUCUGGCUCCCCAACUCCUCCGGCGUCGCCAUCUCCACCCUCAGGUUCUCCUCCACCGGUGCCAUCGGCUAAACCACCUAAGAGUGCGCCUUCCCCACCUUCUCCUCCAUCAGCAUCCCCAAGUCCGCCUUCGAAGCCACCACCUAAACAUGCAUCGCCACCUACUACAUCUCCACGCAGUAAUUCUUCUGGUGGUACAACUCCUAACCAGCUUGGUCUUUCUCCCCCAUCACCCUCUUCCAUUGCUCCUCCAGGCAUUAUCGCUACUCCAGUUAUCCCGGUUUCCCACAGUCGCCCGGGUCCUGGCUCAGAUUCUGGACAGGGAGGUGGUGGAUUGAAUACUGCAUCUGUUGUAGCUAUUGGAGCAGUUGCGGCUUUCGUGAUGCUUUGUAUAGCAGGACUGGUUGUGUUCAUCAUGAGGAAGAGGAGAAAACCAGUUUCAGGAUAUAAUGCAGGGUUUGUCAUGCCUUCACCAUUUACAUCUUCAAUAAUGUCAGAUUCAUCCCUUCCAAGGUCCCCAUCGGCUCCUCUUGUACAUCACAACAAGUCUGGAAGCAUUGGAAGGAUGAACUCACUACCUGAUAUAACAAUAUCUAGCUCAACAGUGUGGUUCUCGUAUGAAGAGCUGUACGAGAUAACCCAUGGCUUUUCACCUCUAAAUAUAUUAGGCGAGGGUGGGUUUGGUUCGGUUUACAAAGGGAGCUUACCUGAUGGAAGAGAAGUAGCGGUAAAGCGAUUAAAAGUUGACAGUGGACAGGGGGAACGUGAGUUCAAAGCUGAAGUCGAGAUCAUCAGCCGUGUGCACCAUCGUCAUUUGGUUUCUCUUGUAGGGUACUGCAUAUUUGAACAACAAAGAUUGCUUGUAUAUGACUAUGUGCCUAACGGAACACUUGAAUCUCAUCUUCAUGGGAAGGGAAGGCCAGUAAUGGAUUGGACCACCAGGGUGAAGGUUGCUGCUGGUGCAGCUCGUGGCAUCGCGUACCUGCAUGAGGAUUGUCAUCCCCGGAUUAUUCAUAGAGAUAUAAAGUCUUCCAACAUUCUAUUGGACAACAACUUUGAAGCUCAGGUUUCUGAUUUUGGGCUUGCAAGGUUAGCUGUUGAUGCUUGUACACAUGUAACUACACGUGUGAUGGGGACAUUUGGUUAUUUGGCUCCAGAGUAUGCAUCAAGUGGCAAGUUGACUGAGAAAUCUGAUGUCUUUUCUUUUGGGGUUGUGCUCCUGGAACUUAUUACCGGACGAAAGCCUGUUGACAGCACAAGGCCUUUGGGCGAUGAGAGCCUUGUUGAGUGGGCACGACCACUACUUUCCCGUGCACUUGAAACUGGAGAACUUGGAGAACUCCAUGACCCUAGACUUGAGAAGAACUAUGACGAAACUGAAAUGUUCCGUAUGAUCGAAGCAGCAGCAGCAUGCACCCGUCACUCAGCAGCAAUGAGGCCUCAGAUGGGAAAGGUGGUCAGAGUUCUUGAUAGCCUUGCUGAUAUUGAUCUUAACAAUGGUGUCACACCGGGGCAAAGUGAAGUGUUCAACGUAGCUCAUUCAGCUGAUAUCAGAAUAUUUCAGCAUUUGGCAUUUGGGAGCCAUGAUUCUAGUUCUGAUUACAGCCCGUAUAAUUGGAGUCGUCAAAGAGAUGUGUAAAUAGGUCAUAUAGGGGACUUGCCAAUGAGAAAUUUGUUUCUUCCUUUUGUAUAGUGGUUUUCCGAAAUCCAGAUUGGACUCGAGUUCUUCAUUUUUUUUAAUGCACAUUUGAUGCUUCUUGGUA